AUGAACGACUGGAGCAAUGUGCUACGGCCAUUCGUCCCCCCAUACAUUGCAAGGUACACUGCUCUCUCCUACGUCGGGGGAGAAAAGGACUACGGCAGUCAAGAGACAGUAAUAGUCAAUGGCAAGCGUUUUAAGACCCGAGAGAAUCUGUUCGACUUCCUGAGGCAUGCCAAAAUCAAUUACAGUCAUUGCGACAUAUGGAUCGACACUCUUUACAUUGACCAGACCAAUGUCAAAGAACGAAAUCACCAAGUGGGUCUCACGGGGGAGAUCUUCGAAGAUGCCCAAGAAGUCGUAGCGUGGCUCCGGGCAGGUCUGCCAGUGCGACAAGAGGAACGGGAAUUGGUUGUAGCCUUGGAGAACGGGACACUGAACCUUGCCGCGACCCUUCGCACAACCCUGAUUCCCAGUCAUCCCACUUGGCCUCUGGCCCACUGA